AUGGAUGAGACGAUUGGAAUGAUAGAACUCAACCACCAGAGAUCUCUCUUCACUGCUCCUGUACCAGAUAUGGGAGAGUCCGUAUCUGAGUUUGCUGGAGCUUUCUAUUACCUACACCAGAGUGUUUGGAGGGGAUUAUAUGUCAAAUGUUGGAGUGCCUACCAGCUGGUUUCUCCAGACUUCCAGUGGAUUUGGACGAAUCCCAUGAUUCGAAGUCCAGACGUCUUCCAGGAAGGCGUUGAGACCUUACCCCUCCCCCUCACGUGUAGUCUAGAGGAGCGCAGGGCCAACCUCGGCUCCUUAGUGAUGCCAGCCAAGGCUCUCAUGUGGGUGUGCUCAGUGAUGAUGUGCUGGGCGGCGGGCCACUACACACCUCCCGACGCCUCCUCCGGUGUGACUCGAAGACAUUCCCUCCAGACUCGCAUCAUCUUGAGACUGGACCAGAGACUGUCGGCAGCUCCGGAGGCCGUCGGAGGAGCCCUGAUGAGGCAGGACGCCUUGGACGACAGUGAGAUGGUUCUUGGCUUCGUCUAUUCCAAUUUUUCGAGCAACGAGACGACAGUUGCGAGCGACGUGGAUGUCGCGUGGGAUGGCUCGGAGGACCUGACGGAGGAGGAGUGCCGUGUGGCGCUCGGUGAGGCCGACACCAGGCCAGGGGAGCUGGGAAGUCGUGCUGGGGAGCUCCUUCUGCAGCUGUUGGUGCCUGCGGUGGCUCUGGUCACCCAGUGUGGCUCAGAUGAGGUGUGGGAGGCGACGAGGGAGGUGAUGCGUGUUCUUGGGGCCGUGGGCGUGGGCGUGUGUUUGUUCCGGUCCCUGGCGGCUCUCAGCGAGGGCACCAUGACCACCCCGGAGGAGUCCCUCUGCUUUAACCGUCGCGAGUGGACAGUGGCACUCCUUGGCACUCCCAGCUGGGCGGCCUGCUUCGUCCGCUCCGCUCGAAGAGUCGGAGUCUUUGACGAGCGUGUCCACUGGGUGGUGCUAGGAGCGGGGAGGGCCUCACCCGUCACCCACACGCUUCCUCUCAUCCGCCUCACCCAGCGCCUCACCUGGCUCCGGUGGUCGGCCAGGACCCGGGGUGAGUAUCUUAGUCUCUCCUGCACACGAGGUGAGUAUCUUAGGAGGUUGAUGUAUUCUGAAGGUUGGGUGGUGCUGGUGAGCGAGGCUACAGCUGCGGGCGUGAGGGCCAGAGAGGCAGGGCGGUGGGUGGGGGUCCGUCAGCCCCACUUUGAGGUCUUCAGACCUCUCAGACCAUCUUACGUGACGAACUUCUUCCAGGCAGCGUUGAGGGUAGUGAGCCGCUACCCGACGGACUCCCAGCGGGUGUCGAACGCGGUGGGGCGGUGUUACAACGCUGGGUCGGGGCCCCGCCAGGUGACCAGGUGUACGGGCUACGUGGGCCAGGUGUUGAUGCAGCUUACACGUGACCUCAACCUCACUCUGGUCAACAGCGCCGCUGCGCAGUGUGGGGCUGCCCAUUCUGAGGGCACGCAGAUCACCGCUAUCGCUAAUGAUGAGGCGGACAUCGACCUGGGCACGUGCAGCAUCAUUGAGGAUCGCUACAAGGUGGUGGACUUCACCGAGUUCUUUGUGGUGAUGAGGUCGACCUUCGCCAGCGCCGAGCCUCGAGAGGCCCAGUCCAGCUUCCUCAUCUUCAAUGUUUUCUCAGGCUCGACGUGGCUGCUUAUCGGGGCGCACCUGCUGGUGGUGUCCCUGGGGGUGUGGGUGGUGGCCAGGGUCCUGCCUUCCCUCGACCCCCAGUUCUACUCGACCCCCACACACGCCCUCUGGCUAGUCUUCAUGUCCUUCGUCAACCAAGCUGACCUCCGGCAGCCGAGGAGCGUGAGUGGUCGUCUGGUCGUAGCUGUUAGCUGGGGGGUCACCAUUACCCUGGGAGCUGUCUACUCCGGCAACCUAACUGCCUGGUUCUCCCUCGUUAAGUAUGAGAAACCUCUGGACUCUCUUCUUGACCUACUGAACCAACCUGACCUCAUUCCCGUCAUCUUUGAGAGUGAUCCCAACCAUAAGCUGUUCAUAGUAAGAUAUUCUCAAGCAUGUCUUCCCCCGUGACCUGACCUCACCUCACCAAGCACUGAGUCAUUGUUGAGUAGACUCG